CGGCAGCAGCCAAAGAUGGCAAUGUCUGUGAUCCAAGCGUGCCGCAGUCUGGCUCUCUCAACAUGGCUGCUUUCCUUUUGUUUCGUGCAUCUGCUGUGCCUGGAUUUCACGGUGGCCGAGAAAGAGGAGUGGUACACGGCCUUCGUGAACAUCACUUACCCGGAUCCCGGAGGCGGCGGCGGCGGCGAGCUGCGCAGCGAGAAGACGGAGUGCGGCCGCUAUGGGGAACAGUCACCUAAGCACGAUGUCUGGGGGCAGGUGGCGAUGACCUCGGCGGCCGCCGACAGGCAAGCCUGCGACCCCAACGCCAAGUUCGCCGCGCCCGGGCCGGGCAAGAUCUGGAUCGCGCUCAUCCCCAAAGGGAACUGCACGUACAAGGAUAAGAUCCGCCACGCCGCCUCCCAGAACGCCUCGGCCGUGGUCAUCUACAACGUGGGCUCCAGCAACGCCAACGAGACCAUCACCAUGCCCCCUGCAGGUACAGAAGAUGUUGUAGCAAUAAUGAUCCCAGAACCAAAAGGGAAAGAGAUAGUGAAUCUACUGGAGCGGAAUAUUACUGUGAUGAUGCACAUAACAAUUGGAACUCGGAACCUGCAGAAAUAUGUUAGCCGUACCUCUGUAGUGUUUGUGUCCAUCUCCUUCAUUGUACUGAUGAUCAUCUCGCUGGCAUGGCUUGUCUUCUACUAUAUUCAGCGGUUCAGAUAUGCAAAUGCCAGAGACAGAAACCAGCGUCGCCUUGGAGAUGCUGCAAAGAAAGCAAUCAGCAAAUUGCAAGUAAGAACAAUAAGAAAAGGAGAUAAGGAAACUGAGCCUGAUUUUGAUAACUGCGCAGUAUGCAUUGAGGGCUACAAACCAAAUGAUGUUGUCAGGAUCUUGCCCUGCCGGCAUCUCUUUCACAAGUCUUGUGUUGAUCCAUGGCUGCUAGACCAUCGCACCUGCCCUAUGUGUAAAAUGAACAUCUUAAAAGCACUAGGGAUUCCGCCAAAUGCAGAUUGUGUAGAUGACAUCCCUCCAGAUUUUGAAGCUUCUAUAGGAGGGCCACCUUCCAAUCAGAUUACAGGAGCUAGUGACAUAACUGUGAAUGAAAGUUCGGUAGCAUUGGAUCCUCCUGUCCGGACAGUUGGAGUAUUACAAGUCAUCCAGGAUGCAGAUCCUCUUCCACAACCUGGAGAAAGUAAUCUUACCACAAGCAGUGAGCAGGAACCAGCAGUCAGCAGUGAUUCAGAUAUUUCAUUGAUUAUGGCGAUGGAGGUUGGACUCUCUGAUGUGGAGCUUUCCACUGACCAAGAUUGUGAAGAGGUGAAGUCCUGAAGGGGGAAGAGGAGGACGAGGAGGAGGAGGAGAAAAGCUGCAGCAAAGCAAAAGACCCUCCCACUAAACUCAAGGGCAAUAGCAGAGAGGAGAAGAAAUGGAAUCAGCUCUGUAAGAUUUGGACCCAGUUGUGUGCACAUGCAUAUACAUGUGCACACACACACAUACUCAUACACGUGUUCAGAACAUUUUGUGAACUCCAGUACACUCUCCAUUCUGGGAUGGUAAUGAAAAGCAAUAGCAAUGACGUGUCUGCCUGGAUGCAGCUUCAUCAUCAGCUACAUGUGUUCAUUUCAUUGGCAUUGGAAGGUGAAAAAGUACUGUUUCUAACGCAAGCACCAGAAGAGUGAUAUGCCUUCUUUGGUUGCUCAGAACUCUAGAACUGAAAUGAGUGUUUUCUACCUUUCUUCAGUACUUUUUUUAAGCAGAAAAACACAUAUAGCCCAAAGUGAUUAUUUAUAGCUCAUGAUGGAUGGACACUGUUUUGCUUCCUCUCAAUGCCCCCACCUUUUUCCAUAGUUCAACCUAGAAAUCUGAAUGCUAUGAUGAUUUUCCAGGAUUUAUGAGUACCCAGUUCUGCUUCAUGAAGGCAGUUUGGCUCCAGAAAGAAAUGAUGCUUCAGAAAUGUGUCUUGGCCUGAAGCUUCCUUUCCUUGAAGUCUUAAUGGAGCUUAGAGACCUUUCUUUCCAAGGUCUCCCACAUCGGAGAGGGGGUGCUGGAUUGACUGAGGCUGGUGACUUUUAACUUAACAGUGUUGGUUCCCAGUCAAAGCUUCAUGACUUGCACAUUGGAGAGCAAGUGAGUGCAUUUAAAAGUGAUAUCAGUAACUAUGGGAUUAAAGGUCAGCUGUUUGUGCAGUCUUUUGCUAUAUGUUCUGCAACUGCAGACUUCUUGUACCUUAAUGCCUUCCCCAUUAUUAAUUUGAAAUUAGGUCCAUUUUUUUAAAAGAUAACUCCUGGUAGUUUUCUUGAAGUCCUUCUAUCCAUCAGAACACUGAGGAAUGUUCCUGGGGAAAAAGAAGUAGAAAUGAGCCAAAGUGGAAAGAAUGGGGAUUGAUGGUUUUGCUCCUAAUGGACUGAUCACGUUUACUACACAAAGUAUAUCUUGAGAAUAAGGGGUUUUUUGUCACUCUAGUUCACUCGCAUUUCCCCUCUUCAUAAGUGACAAUCUUUCCUUUUCAAGGUUCCCAAGUUCCCCUUUGGACAGUAUGGAAAAGAAUACAGACAAAUGCCCCACAGCCUUUCAUUGUAUUCAUACAAUUCUCAAAGAAGGACCAAUAAUCUAAUUCAGGUCAAGGACUUUUGUUCACAGGUGACAGUAAAAGUACCUAAAAAUUGAGAUACUUCCCCGCAGCACCCUCAAUCAAAUAAAAACUAGGCUUUUGCACAUUCAGAUCUACAGUGGUUCAGAAGUGUGCACAAAUAGUGGAAGAGGGACUUAAAGAUGCUUUUACUGGCAUGUGUGAAAAUACACUCUUAAAAGUGGUGAGUUUUGUUCAUGUUCCCAGAAACAUGGAGACUAAAGUUACCACUUGUUCUCUGGCUUUGGACUACUUUGGCUGUGGCUCUUCAGUAAGUGAAAAGAAGAAAAGGCUCUUAGUUUUGAAUUCUAAAAGAAAACUGAAGCAUGCAAAAUUGAAUUUGCUGACAGAUGUGUGUUCUUUCUUGAAUGAUAAAUACUGGAAAGAGUGCCAUUAUCUGCUGGAAUCCAAGUGGGAUCUUGUACUAUGUUGUAGCAUUAGGGGGAUGUGUCAUUUAUGCAAGGGGGGAAGAAUUUAUAUUUCCGUCAAAAUAUUCAGUAUUAAGUGGGGGGUCAACUUACUGUUGUGAAAGGGACACCAUUGCUCCUGACAAUAAGAACAGUGAUUUACAUUACAGCAGGAAAAUAGAUUUACACAGUAGGUCGUUCUAUAACUUAAAUAGAAACAAAUUAUUCUCUCCUGUGUUAUACCAGUACUGUAAGAAUUGGUUCAGAUAGAGCACUAGCCUGUUGUUUGGCUCUACAUAAAUGAGCCGUGUGCUCACAAUCUUUUGCAUUUCCUCUAUUCCCCCCUUAUGUUUUGAUUUCUUCCAGUUAGUAGCUACCCACAGAUUCACUGCUACACAGUUUACAAAAUAGGAAGGUAAACUUGAACAUAUGCAAACAGAAGCCUGGCACCAGUGCCAAGCAUGUGGCAGAAGGUGCCAGGGUAUCGUUCCUUUCAUGUUUUUUUCUUUCUUUUGGCCAAGCACUUAGUAGAGAAGCACCAGUGAAGUAGCUGCACCAUCUGUAUUAACCCAGAAUGCUUCUGGGCUCCAGUAUACAUUGCCUGGUACUUCGUGGCCUGGCUGUCUUUCACAGCAUGCCACCCAGCACUGAGUACGGUGCACUGGCCACAGCUGUUCAACUCUCUGUGCCUUGCCCAGGGUCCCAUCAAAGCAGGCAGUGGCUUUGCAAUGGGCCAUGGGGAGAAGGAAGUUGAAGCAUCUGAACCACCUGGAAGAAUUGCUGUAAACAAUGAAGCUGCUGUCUUGAUUCAACACAGUCUCCAUAAGCAACGUUUCUUUUAGUGGCACUUAAAGUUGAACAGCACUUUGCAAUGUCAGGCUGCCCCAUCUGCCUGAAGAUUAAUGAGAUGAGAACCUUAAAAAAGGCUGCAAAUACUUCGAUAUAAUCCUAUUUGAAUUUAAAGUAAACCAAAAUAAAUGUGUUAGGACACUGCUGUUUGAGGAAGAUUAGGGAGGGCCAAGUGUUCAUAUUAGGGUCUCUGUAGUGAUUGUGCAGCAUGUAACAUGUUAUGUCACAAUGCUACCAGACAAAAUAAACUGUGAAAAUCUACUGAAUCAUAAGAGUUGCAGGAAUCUUAAAGAAAAAUGAGCCAUCUCUGCUCUGGUAUUCAGUUUUGGCUAUGUUUGGACUAGAGACUCUGGGCCAGCUGAACUUCAAUUUCAAUAUGUUAUUUCCGUGACAUGUCAGAAAUAGAUUUGAUAUAAUGGAGACAACACUUGGUCCCAGCCUGAUUGGCACCUGUAAAGCUAAAUAGUUUGUGCCAACAUAACUCUACCAAAAUAGUUAAGAAGUGUGUGUCCACCUGCCCCAGAGGUGUUGAACCUUCGGCCUGGGAACCAGAUCUGGCCUACCUGGGGUUCCAGUUCAGGCUCCAAGUUCCCCAGAUAAAUAUGCUCUCUUCCCCUGGCCUCAGUCUAUUCCCAGAAUCCAGCAAACAUUGAGUAUUUUCCUGGCUUCUGGGCAGUUUAUUCUGAAAGGUUGGAGUCGUUCCCCCACCCACCCCCAGGCUUAGCUAUGGCAGUAAUCUUCAAAUUUAAACAUACUAGAAUUUUUGGUGUUUGGUCCUGCUUUUGUUUCCACCAAGAGCUUCUCUGACAUAAACUUCCACCUUCAGAUUAAAAGGAGUUCUACAUCUCUGGUUCUAUGUUUUCCUUAGCUUUAGGCAGUAAAAUGCCUUUUAAGAGCCAUGUUGUUAUAUAAAGAUUUUUGUGUGACACCUUUCCCUUAUAGUCAUAUAACAUUCAUCCAUUUGAUCAAAGGUACCAAACUCAGAAUAGACACAAGCUCCGGGUGCCUAUUCUGUUCUCACACAGAGAUCAAACAUCUAACAUCUCCACCAGUAUUCAGAACAGGCCGUAUUUCAAGUAUGACCUUGCAGUAAUGCUCAUAUGCUUUCCUUAGUGUUGCCACAGGGCCAUGGCUAGUGGUGUAGGCACAGGGAGAGUGAUCCUGUUAUACAUGUGAAUAACAUAAAGGUAGUGAACAAAAGGAAGUGUUUACCAAUUUUUACGGAGCUCUGAAAGGUAUCAAACCUUAACACCAAAACUCUGCCUCAAGUGUUUCUACCAUGACAUCAGCAGAAACCACCAUCAGAAGCAGUGUCCGCUGGCAUCAGACAUCCAGAGUGUGCCUUUUUCCACACCCCCGAAAAGUAGUGUGGGCUCCUUGGGCUAUUCUGAGGCAGUUGGAGGGAAAGCCCUGCUUCUGAUUAUGCUUCUUGCUGGCAACUGGGCAUCAGUCAAGAGAGACUAAAGGAAUGGGCAGGUCAAAGAAUGUAAUGUGUGUACACAAUGACGAAUGCUCAGCGUUGCCAGUGGCUGCACUGAAUGAGUGUGCCACCCCGUCCUACAUGUGUUUACUGACCGGGAAAGCCCAAUGUAUGCCAUAGGGGCUGAUUCCCACAUAUACAUGUGCAUGACUACAGCCAAAAAAGCUUUAUAGCAGCAUUUCUGCUGAUAACAGAUGGGUCUUGUUAUCAGCAAGAGGCAGGGUAUAGAAGCAAUGAACUAUUUAGAAAAAUCUUAACUUCAGAAAGGUGUUUUUUGUGUGAGCAGUUGAUGCAAGUCAGUUUAGACCCUUUGCUUUGACAAACUGUUGCUUGAACUAAUUGAUACUGCUGCUACUAUAAGAAUGCAAGAAUUUUUAGUCUGUAAGGUCUAGGCAUACCAUAUGGUGUUUGGAAAUGAUUAUAGAGUAAGGUAGAUGAACGCCCUCUGCUGUAAGACUUUCAGUCUUCUGAUUCCAGGUUUUUGUUUUUGUUUUUUUGGUGGCUUAUUGCUUCAGUAAGUGGAAAUGCAAUCACCAGUAGAAAUACUGGUCCUUUAGUAACUGGGAGGUGGGAAUGGGAUGCACUUGUGGUUACAAAACAAUGAAAUGGAAAAUGCAUAGAGAAUAGUAAAGGAUACAAAACAGUCUAUUAUAACAGUCUAUUCAACCACAGAUAAUCAUUUAUUUUCAAAAUGUUUACUUUCUGGUAGAAACAUCAUGCAGAAAUGAAUGCAUGGAAGAAAGGGAAAAAAAGAAGACUACACCUCAUACACAUUUUCUUAUUUUUAUAUCUCGCCUG